AUGGGUGAACUGAGAGUGAAAGAGGCAGAAAUGGUGAGAGAAAAAGACAACAUGGAUAACAGGAUGGCAAGGUUCAAAGAGGAAGAGGAUAGAAUGCGGGAAGAAAUAGGAAGGAAGAUGGAUAUCUUAAAGCAGGAAAGCUGUGAAAUCAAAAGACUUAGAGAUGAAAUUGACAGUGAAAAGGACCAGCUGAAUGCAAAAUUGCUUGAGUUGGAAAAAAUGUGUGAAGAACUAGAUAGAGAGAAGAAGGAAGUGAAAGACAGGAAGGAUGAAACACUGAAAGAGAAAGAUCAGUUGGAAGAGAGGCGAGGUGAGAUAAGUAAGGAGAAAGAGGAAUUGGAUAUCAGUCUUGAACUGAUGAAAAGACAAAGGGAAGACUUGACAAGCUUGAAGGCUGAAGCAGAAGCACAGACCGAGCCUAUGGAAAUAGACUGGAAGGAAAAGCUCACGAGGGAAAGACAACAACUUGAAAAUGUAAAGGAGGUGAUACAGAAGGAAAAAGAAGCCUUUGAGAGAAAGAAGGGAUUGACCAUGAAAGAAAGAGAUGAGUUUGAUCUGAUGAAGUCUGAAACCCAGGGACAAUUGGAGGAAAUAGAACAAAACAAACAAGACAUUCGUGUGGAGAAGGAAAAGCUGGAUCAGAUCAAAGCUGAGUUAGAAAGACGGUCUGAAGAUGUAAAUCAGAUCAUGGAUGAGACAAGACGGGAGAGGGGGAAGGUUGAAGAACUGGCUAUCCAAACUCAAAAAGAAAGAGAAGAAAUUGUGGGUUUUAUGGAAAAGAACAAACAAAAGCAGAACGAACUGGAACUCAUGAAUGACAAGAUUAAAAGAGAGAAACAAGACAUCGAAGAAAGUCGGGAUGUGCUAACAAAGGAGAGAGAGGAGCUGGAACAAAUGAGGAGUGAGAUACAGCAACAGAGAGAGGAGACAGAAUCUCACAUGGAAGACCAAAGGAAAGAGAAAGAACAUUUGGAACAAAUGACGACGGACAUGAAAAAACAGUUGCUAGAGGUGGAUAAUGACAAGGAAAUGAUAGAAAGCACAAUGGGUGAACUGAGAGUGAAAGAGGCAGAAAUGGUGAGAGAAAAAGACAACAUGGAUAACAAGAUGGCAAGGUUCAAAGAGGAAGAGGAUGGAAUGCGGGAAGAAAUAGGAAGGAAGAUGGACAUCUUAAAGCAGGAAAGUUGUGAAAUCAAAAGACUUAGAGAUGAAAUUGACAGUGAAAAGGACCAGCUGAAUGCAAAAUUGCUUGAGUUGGAAAAAAUGCGUGAAGAACUAGAUAGAGAGAAGAAGGAAGUGAAAGACAGGAAGGAUGAAACAGUGAAAGGGAAAGAUCAGUUGGAAGAGAGGCGAGGUAAGAUAAGUAAGGAGAAAGAGGAAUUGGAUAUCAGUCUUGAACUGAUGAAAAGACAAAGGGAAGACUUGACGAGCUUGAAGGCUGAAGCAGAAGCACAGACCGAGCCUAUGGAAAUAGACUGGAAGGAAAAGCUCACGAGGGAAAGACAACAACUUGAAGAUGUAAAGGAGGAGAUACAGAAGGAAAAAGAAGCCUUUGAGAGAAAGAGGGGAUUGACCAUGAAAGAAAGAGAUGAGUUUGAUCUGAUGAAGUCUGAAACCCAGGGACAAUUGGAGGAAAUAGAACAAAACAAACAAGACAUUCGUGGGGAGAAGGAAAAGCUAGAUCAGAUCAAAGCUGAGUUAGAAAGACGGUCUGAAGACGUAAAUCAGAUCAUGGAUGAGACAAGACGGGAGAGGGGGAAGGUUGAAGAACUGGCUAUCCAAACUCAAAAACAAAGAGAAGAAAUUGUGGGUUUUAUGGAAAAGAGCAAACAAAAGCAGAACGAACUGGAACUCAUGAAUGACAAGAUUAAAAGAGAGAAACAAGACAUCGAAGAAAGUCGGGAUGUGCUAACAAAGGAGAGAGAGGAGCUGGAACAAAUGAGGAGUGAGAUACAGCAACAGAGAGAGGAGACAGAAUCUCACAUGGAAGACCAAAUGAAAGAGAAAGAACAUUUGGAACAAAUGACGACGGACAUGAAAAAACAGUUGCUAGAGGUGGAUAAUGACAAGGAAAUGAUAGAAAGCUCAAUGGGUGAACUGAGAGUGAAAGAGGCAGAAAUGGUGAGAGAAAAAGACAACAUGGAUAACAGGAUGGCAAGGUUCAAAGAGGAAGAGGAUAGAAUGCGGGAAGAAAUAGGAAGGAAGAUGGAUAUCUUAAAGCAGGAAAGCUGUGAAAUCAAAAGACUUAGAGAUGAAAUUGACAGUGAAAAGGACCAGCUGAAUGCAAAAUUGCUUGAGUUGGAAAAAAUGCGUGAAGAACUAGAUAGAGAGAAGAAGGAAGUGAAAGACAGGAAGGAUGAAACACUGAAAGAGAAAGAUCAGUUGGAAGAGAGGCGAGGUGAGAUAAGUAAGGAGAAAGAGGAAUUGGAUAUCAGUCUUGAACUGAUGAAAAGACAAAGGGAAGACUUGACAAGCUUGAAGGCUGAAGCAGAAGCACAGACCGAGCCUAUGGAAAUAGACUGGAAGGAAAAGCUCACGAGGGAAAGACAACAACUUGAAGAUGUAAAGGAGGAGAUACAGAAGGAAAAAGAAGCCUUUGAGAGAAAGAAGGGAUUGACCAUGAAAGAAAGAGAUGAGUUUGAUCUGAUGAAGUCUGAAACCCAGGGACAAUUGGAGGAAAUAGAACAAAACAAACAAGACAUUCGUGGGGAGAAGGAAAAGCUAGAUCAGAUCAAAGCUGAGUUAGAAAGACGGUCUGAAGACGUAAAUCAGAUCAUGGAUGAGACAAGACGGGAGAGGGGGAAGGUUGAAGAACUGGCUAUCCAAACUCAAAAACAAAGAGAAGAAAUUGUGGGUUUUAUGGAAAAGAGCAAACAAACGCAGAACGAACUGGAACUCAUGAAUGACAAGAUUAAAAGAGAGAAACAAGACAUCGAAGAAAGUCGGGAUGUGCUAACAAAGGAGAGAGAGGAGCUGGAACAAAUGAGGAGUGAGAUACAGCAACAGAGAGAGAAGACAGAAUCUCACAUGGAAGACCAAAGGAAAGAGAAAGAACAUUUGGAACAAAUGACGACGGACAUGAAAAAACAGUUGCGAGAGGUGGAUAAUGACAAGGAAAUGAUAGAAAGCACAAUGGGUGAACUGAGAGUGAAAGAGGCAGAAAUGGUGAGAGAAAAAGACAACAUGGAUAACAAGAUAGCUCGGCUCAAAGAGGAAGAGAAUGGAAUGCGGGAAGAAAUAGGAAGGAAGAUGGACAUCUUAAAGCAGGAAAGUUGUGAAAUCAAAAGACUUAGAGAUGAAAUUGACAGUGAAAAGGACCAGCUGAAUGCAAAAUUGCUUGAGUUGGAAAAAAUGCGUGAAGAACUAGAUAGAGAGAAGAAGGAAGUGAAAGACAGGAAGGAUGAAACACUGAAAGAGAAAGAUCAGUUGGAAGAGAGGCGAGGUAAGAUAAGUAAGGAGAAAGAGGAAUUGGAUAUCAGUCUUGAACUGAUGAAAAGACAAAGGGAAGACUUGACAAGCUUGAAGGCUGAAGCAGAAGCACAGACCGAGCCUAUGGAAAUAGACUGGAAGGAAAAGCUCACGAGGGAAAGACAACAACUUGAAGAUGUAAAGGAGGAGAUACAGAAGGAAAAAGAAGCCUUUGAGAGAAAGAAGGGAUUGACCAUGAAAGAAAGAGAUGAGUUUGAUCUGAUGAAGUCUGAAACCCAGGGACAAUUGGAGGAAAUAGAACAAAACAAACAAGACAUUCGUGUGGAGAAGGAAAAGCUGGAUCAGAUCAAAGCUGAGUUAGAAAGACGGUCUGAAGACGUAAAUCAGAUCAUGGAUGAGACAAGACGGGAGAGGGGGAAGGUUGAAGAACUGGCUAUCCAAACUCAAAAACAAAGAGAAGAAAUGGUGGGUUUUAUGGAAAAGAACAAACAAAAGCAGAACGAACUGGAACUCAUGAAUGACAAGAUUGAAAGAGAGAAACAAGACAUCGAAGAAAGUCGGGAUGUGCUAACAAAGGAGAGAGGAGCUGGAACAAAUGAGGAGUGA